CAUUCACUAGAGCCUCUGGAAAGGACAAUACCUUGAUUUUGGCCCCGUGAAACUUGUGUGACAUUGUGCCCUCCAGAACGCUUCCUCUGCAACCAUGCCUAUCAAACCCAACAUGUCUCAGAUUGAGAAAUUUGAUAGGCUGAAAUUGAAGACAGAAACACAAGAGAAAAAUCCACUGCCUUCAAAAGAAACCAUUCGACAGCAGAAGCCAGCAGGCAAAUCAUGA